AUGAAGAAAGACCUCGUGAAAAUGAUCAAGAGAGACCUCAGUCCAGCACAGACAAAAACGAUUCUGCUGAUACUCGAGAUCAAGGCUCCCCCAAAAGAAAAUAAAAAUAAAAGGAGGAAGAUCAAAACUGGAUACAUAAAUUCUACACCAGAAAUAGAUUCAAUUAAACAACAAGUAGCAGUGAAACAACAAAAGGAGCGGGAAAAGUUAGCUAGGGCAGCGAAAAGAAAACUUCCAGCCAUCAUAGAAUCAGAAGAUGAAUUAUAUGGAAACGACAGCGACAAUUCCGAUGCCGCUUGUCUGUAUUGCAAUGAAUUAUAUUCCAUGUGUCAGUCGGGAGAGAUAUGGAUUAGAUGUCAAACUUGUUCUAGCUGGUGUCAUACAGAAUGUGCUGGAGUUGACAAGCGCACGAAAAAUUUCAUCUGCGAAAUUUGCACUAGUUAG